CGAUCAAUUCGUAACAUAUGAUUAUUCGUCGUCAACGAUUUUGGAUGCAAAACUGAGUGUGUCGCGAGUGCAGUGGAUUGAUUUUUUUUUAUUCGUUAUUAUUUUCUCGUUCACAUUUUUGUUUAAUUUUUCGUGUUCAUUAUCUGGUAACCACCUGCGUGACACGUUAUUUGUUUUCAUAAACCGAUACAAUAUAAUAAUUCGAAAAUAAAAAUGCGAUUUCAAGUGAUAUUCCCGUCUCUUGCGGUGCUCUCGGCAUUGUUAUUAACCAUAAUGGAUUUUAGCGGUAGAGCGAUACGAGCACAAGAACAGACACCACUAUUUGAAUUACCUGUUCAAUUGGUCGGAUUUCCUGUGAUCAUUUUAGCGGUGCGUUUUUCGAAUUUCGUGAAAAAACUGGCAUAUUCCGUUAAUCCAAAAACCUAUCAAUCACGAGUGCGACGUGCAUCGUUGGAUUAUUCGUUGAGUGAUGAAUCGAUGCCGCCAAUGGUUGAUAUUGAUUAUGCACAAAAGAAAAUUUUGGAUGAAUAUGGACCAAAAGCAUGUAUAAUUGAAGAACCAUGCAAAGACCAUUCUCUACGACAGGGACGAGCUGGCGCCCAGCCCGAUUGGUUAGAUAUUUUGAGAAAUUACAAGAUCCAACGAGGUGGCAUGAAGCAAUGGUACCUGUUGUCAGUAUUUAUAGGUGAUGUGAUUCGUGAUCCCACAUUAUGCAAGAGAUUAGCCAAACGUAUUCCAUGCAAUAGGGAUAUUACAAAAGCCCAUGUCAAAUACUAGAAUAAAUGCAUAAUUUAUUUAUAGUUCUUGUUUUCGUCAAAUUUUCUACUUUUGUAAAUUGUUUCUUUUUUUUAUGUAAUUUUAAAUAAAUUAUGAUUGUAUCUGUAUAUAAGUGAGAAAUCGUCAAAACCGGUGCUCAUUACU